ACGACGCCACGGCGCCUGCGGCAUCACCACGCCACGAUCGAUGGAGCCAUUCGCCCCCACCCCAGCGCGGCCGGACGCGCCGGCGCCGCGGCCGCACGUCGUGCUGCUGGCUAGCCCUGGCGCCGGCCACCUCAUCCCGCUGGCCGAGCUGGCGCGGCGGCUCGUCAAGCACCACGGCGUCGCGGCCACGCUCGUCACCUUUGCCGAUCUCGACGCCCCGGACGCGCGCUCCGCCGUGCUGUCCUCGCUCCCGGCCUCCGUGGCGACCGCCGUGCUGCCGGCGUUGCCCCUCGACGACCUCCCCGCCGACACGCCCCUGGAGACGUUGCUGAUCGAGCUCGUCCACCGCUGCCUCCCGCACCUCCGCGAGAUGCUCCGAUCCAUCCGCCUGCUCGCCGCGCUGGUCCCGGACUUCUUCUGCUCGGCGGCGCUGUCCGUCGCCGACGAGCUGGGAGUCCCGGGGUACAUCUUCUUCCCUAGCAGCCUCGCCGCGAUGUCCGUCAUGAGCCGCACCGUGGAGCUGCACGACGGUGCUGCCACCGGCGAGUACCGCGCCCUCCCGGACCCUCUCGAGCUCCCCGGCGGCGUGUCCCUGCGCAACGCGGAGGUGCCCGACGCCUUCAGGGACAGCACUUUGCCGGUGUACGGGCACCUCGUCGAGACCGGUCGGCAGUACCGCCGUGCUGCUGGCAUCUUGGUGAACACCUUCACCGAGCUGGAGCCGGCCGCCGCGGAGGACUCCAAGAAGGUGGCAGAGAAGGGAUCGUUCCCACCGGCUUACCCUGUGGGGCCGUUCGUCCGGUCAAGCUCCGACGAGGCCAGCGAGUCGGCAUGCUUGGAGUGGCUGGAUCUCCAGCCGCCAUUGUCGGUGGUGUACGUCUCCUUCGGGAGCGCUGGCAUGCUGUCAGUGGAACAGACUCGCGAGCUCGCCGCCGGGCUGGAGAUGAGCGGGCACAGAUUCCUCUGGAUCGUGCGCAUGCCAAGCCUCAACGGCGAGACGUUCGCCUUGCACAACGGCGAAGACGGCCGCAGCCAUGGGGAGGACCCACUGGCGUGGCUUCCCGACGGGUUCUUGGAGAGGACGAGCAGCCGAGGCCUCGCCGUCGCGGCGUGGGCGCCGCAGGUGCGCGUGCUGUCACACCCGGCGACGGCGGCGUUCGUGUCCCACUGCGGGUGGAACUCGACGCUGGAGAGCGUGGCAGCCGGCGUGCCGGUGAUCGCGUGGCCGCUGCACGCGGAGCAGAAGAUGAACGCCGUCGUCCUGGAAGAGUCCGUGGGGGUGGCGCUGCGCCCGCGCGCGCGGGAGGAGGAGGAGGACGACGCCGGCGGCGCGUUGGUGACGCGCGGGGAGAUCGCGGCCGCGGUGAAGGAGCUGAUGGACGGGGAGAAAGGGCGCGUGGUGCGCCGCCGGGCGAGGGACAUGGAGCAGGUGGCCGGCCGGGUCUGGUCGCCGGAGGGGUCGUCGCGCCGGGCACUGGAGGAGGUCGCCGCCAAGUGGAAGGCAAUGGUGGCGCACAAGUAAGGAGAUGCACUUGUGCAGUGUAUUCUCAGUGUAUCCCUUGUUUGUGUUAUACUACGUUUUAAGCAAUAAAAAUUAUUAUAAUCCAUUUCUACCGUGGUAAUUUCGAUCAACUAUACGUUCUUUUUGUUGAAUGGA